CCCAUUGCAAUACCCCAAAUGACUAAAGGAAGAGGCAUGCCUUUCAUGAGACUCAAUGCGCCAGUAUUGCAAGAACACGGAAUAUCAGAACCAGAGUUUAUUGAAUUCAUAGACACGCUCAAUAUUGUGUCGGCUGCUUCCCCACCAUUCAAGAUUUUGGAUCUUGCCGGAGGCAUAAUUGGAAUGGUGCCACAUCACUGGGCUCAACUCACUUCCAAUCUUCUUAAACUAACUGCCAUGGGUGGAACUGCAAUUGUUAGUAAAAGUCGCACGGACGCCUUUUUACAAGAGGCAAACCAGCGGAUUUUUGGACCAAAGGGAUUGAGAGUCUGUUUGAUCACCACGGCUGCGUUAAUCCCUUCUAUCAAGUUUCCAGCCCAAAAGGCUAUUACGCUACCCUUGGCGCUUGAUAUCCCCUUGGAGAGCCAACCCAGUUUUCAUAACCGUCUGUUGCAAGGACUGAAAGGUUAUGUGAGCGAGACCGAAGUUACUCGUCUUCCAUCUAAAAAAGAAGACAUCGGUAUAAUUGACCAGAUGAGUGCGAAGCAAGUUGUUCGAGACAUAGAGAAAAUCGACAAAAAGAUGUACAAGGAUACAGAGAAGCAAAUGAAGAAACUGCAAAAGAAUCACGAACCGUGGGAGUCAUCUUCGGAAGACGAAGUUUCAGGCAGCACUGUCUCAAAGCCGCCUGUCCGCAGCAGGAGUCUGGACCGCAAAAUGAGGAAACUUGAGCAUGACAUUGAAAAGGUCAACAAGAAAGCCUCUAGAAAGAUGGACAAACGGCAUUCUUCUGACCGAGUGGAAGAUAAAAGACAAGACGCAUUA